UUAGCCAUUUAAACCACGACCGAGUCAAACCAUACGUAGGUGGCGGUGGGUAUAGUUCCCGUACGACGACAUUAUAAAACCUCACUCCCGUCUCACAAAUCACAAAACUUCCAUCUGCUUCCUCCAUCUUCAUCACAUUCUCCAUUCUUCUUCGGGUACACAAAUGUCUUUUGACACCUCCUACGCACACGAGUGGUUAAUUUUCCAAGCACACUUGAUGAACCGGGGAAAAUUGGGGAGCUCUGGGUGGAUAUUUUUUCGCCACUGGACCUGAUAUUGAUUAGGAAAUUCGUUUUAUUUGUUAGCUUUAGUUAUAUACACAAGAUUAUUAUUGGUUUUAAUAAAAUAUUGAUUGUUGGGCAUUUGAUUAGUUUUUCAUGGCAAGAUUAACCCUCGCUCCGGGAUUUCGCUUUAAACCUACGGAUGAGAUUUUGGUUGUGUACUACCUCAAGAGGAAGAUAUUGGGGAAAAGAAUCGCUUCCAAUGCUGUUGCAGAGGUCAACAUAUAUGAUUUCUGUCCAUGGGAUCUUCCAGAUAAAUCCUCUUUGAAAAGUGGAGACUUAGAGUGGUACUUUUUCUGCCCUAAAUCGAAAAAGUAUUCAAGUGGUGGUAGGGCCAAUCGUGCCACAGAAACUGGGUUCUGGAAAGCUACUGGGAAAGACAGAUACGUUGAAUAUAGGGGAAGAACAGUUGCAACAAUCAAGACACUAGUUUUUCAUUUAGGCCGUGCUAAAGAUGGCAAAAGAACAGAUUGGGUACUCCACGAGUAUAGAAUGGAUGAUAAGCAAUUGGCUGAUGCAGGUGUCGUUCAGGAUACAUAUGUGCUUUGUAGGAUAUUUAAGAAAAGCGGCGCAGGGCCAAAAAACGGCGCACAGUAUGGUGCACCGUUCAAUGAAGACGAGUGGGAUGAUGAUCUGGUCAGCAGCAUUGAUUCUCAAGCUGUUGUUGGUUUAGUUGGUGCUUCCAUUACAACAGAUCGUAAACAGACUGAACCUGAACCAGGGUCAUCUAUUGUCACAAUUUCUGCAACAGAGCCUACAAGCACACUGAAUUACAAGCAGGAAAGUUUAGCUACAACAGACAUUGUGGAACCAGGUACAUCUGGUGUCACACUUUCUGCAACCGAACCUACAAACACGUUGAACUCUAAACGAAAGGGUCCAGCUACAAGUGACAUGACUGAACCAGCAGCAAACAAGCCUUACAAGCCUACAAGCACAAUGAACUACGAACAGAAAGGUCCAGCCACAACGAACAUUACCGAACCAGGUUUAUCUAAUGUCAUGUUAUCUGCAAAUGAACCUACAAAAGCACUGAACUACAAGCAGAAAGGUCCAGCUACAACGGACAUGACCGAACCGGGUUCAUCUAAUGUCAUGUUUUCUGCAAACGAGCUUACAAAAACCCUGAACUGCAAGCAGAAAGGCCCAGCUACAAUGAACAUGAUUGUGCCUCAAACUACACAUGGCUUGUCUGUUACUGAACCAGGUUCAUCUGAGAGGCCUGCUGAUGAUAUGUCGUUUUUAGAAGUUAUUGAUCAAAUGCUGGGGGUGCCCGAGGAGGCUGUUAACAUGGAGGAAGACAAAAUCAGGACACCUAAUGAAGAUGAUGCUAUACUUGGUGAGUGGGAGGAUAUACUUACUGCCGAUGAUUUGUAUACUGAUGGACUCAAGUACACAGUUGAUUUAUACCUAAACCCGGAUGGUCCUGAUCUGGCAGAGUUUUUUGUCGGUUGACCAGGCCUCUGGUCUACUAUCUAUGAAACUUCUUUGUAAUUUUAGUUGUAAUUUCUUGAUUUUGGAAAGACCUUACCGAUUCCACUUUAUGACAUCCGAUGUUUGUAAUAAUGGUUAAGGCAUAACUUGAUGACUUUUCGGUUAUUGCAUGCAUUUUUCUCA